GGAUCGUACAGCCCCCCAUACUGACGCAGAGCUGGCGUGCAACUGCGCGGAAUCCGCAUCUGGAGAAGACGGGGACAGGAUCGCGUUUUGGCAUCUGAGAAGGAAAAAACCCCUCCAAGUCUCUGUCUGUCUCCAGUGACCCAAAGUUCUCUUCAGUAAAUCUGAGGUAUCCGGAUUGAGGUGAUGACUCACCUCUGGACUCUCCUGUCAGGCCUGCUGCUGGUUUCAUCGGUGGCCGAACCUCUGAGCAGCCCAGAGGAUCAUGAAAAUGAAGUCUUGAAACACACAGAGACGGAGCUCAACAUAAACCAGGAUCAGGUGAUUGAGAAUGCAAUCCGAAACGUCAGUGAGCCGACAACAGCCAACACACCGACCACAUCUCCUUUGAGUACCACAGCUCCCCCAAACUCCAGCGUUGCUCCUCAGUGUCCAGGAAACCAGGUGAUGCAGGAGGGCAGCGGUGGAUGCGGCUGUCCACCUGGUUUGCUGAAGGAUGGGGACAACUGUACGUGUCCGGUGGGCUUCGCUCUGGAGGGAGAAGCAGAGUGUAAAGAUGUUGAUGAGUGUGAAGGACAGGAACCAUGUGGUCUCCAUGCCAGCUGCAGCAACACCCCCGGCUCUUACUCGUGCAGCUGUCUCCGUGGUUACCUGAUGGCUGCUGGAGGAUGCCAGGAUGUCGAUGAGUGUGCUCUGGCAGCAGUGACGGGUUUGCAGGCCUGUCAGGGUGGCGCUGAAUGUAAAAACACCCCCGGCUCCUUCACGUGUUCCUGCCCUGUUGGAUAUGUGAUGGCUCUAAAUGGAAAAAGCUGCAUAGAUGUGGAUGAGUGCAGCUUCGAGGAACAGUGUCGCCGCGAGCUGGGAAACAUGUGUGUGAACACUCCUGGCAGUUUUGUGUGUCAGUGCCAGCUGGGCUUCAGAGCAGAAGCUCCUGCAUGUGUCGGUCCAGUGUGUCCAGACUACACCGUGUGUCAAGAUGUGGAUGAAUGCACGGAGAGUCCCGCAGUGUGUGACGGUCAGGGUGUGUGUCAGAACACGCUGGGAAGCUACAAGUGUGUUUGUCGACCAGGUUACCGGGGAAACGGCACACACUGUGAAGAUGAGAAUGAGUGUGCUUUAGGUGGUCACAGGUGCGACAGCAACGCUCGAUGCGGCAACAUCAUCGGGUCGUACUUCUGCCAGUGUUACCAGGGCUUCAAUGGAGAUGGACACUCUUGUUUUGAUGUUGAUGAGUGUGCUGUGACCAACGGCCACUGUGAACACAACUGCACCAAUGAACCGGGAGGAUACAGCUGCCAGUGUUUCUCCGGUUACCAGCUGGACCAGGAUGGACACAACUGUACAGAUGUGGACGAGUGUUCGGCGCUAAAUGGGACCUGUGAGCACAUUUGCAUCAACACUCGGGGGUCUUUCCAGUGUUCCUGCAGACCCGGAUACCAGCUGCACAUCGACGGUCACACCUGUGUGGACAUAGAUGAAUGUAAACUCCAGAACGGCGGCUGCUCUCACACCUGCACCAACAAUCCUGGAGGACACACUUGUCACUGCUCACCUCCUCUGUUGCUGGACACAGACAACCUCACCUGCAGCAAUGUUACAUCUUGUAAGCUGAGAAAUGGCGGCUGUGAUCAUGUUUGCACUGUGAGGGCUGAAGGCAGCAUCCAGUGUAGCUGUCGAACAGGCUGGAAACUGGGUGAAGACAUGAGGAGCUGCGAAGAUGUGAAUGAAUGUGGAGACUUUACAAACGGAGGCUGUGAGCAGCUCUGUCUGAACCAUGCUGGUGGGUUUUACUGCACCUGCAGGGAGGGAUACAAAGUACGAACAGACGAUCCCACCAAGUGCCAGCCUGUUUGUGACCCUCCUUGUCAGAACUAUGGAGUAUGCGUUGCCCCCAACAGCUGCGAUUGUCCUCCAGGUUAUCCAGGUGUGGGCUGCUCAGCCAUUUGCUCCCCGCCCUGUGCCCAUGGAGGAACCUGUAUGCGCUGGAACAAGUGUUUGUGUCCUGCUGGUUGGACUGGAGCAGGCUGCCAUACAGCUGUGUGUGAGUUGCCUUGUGCGAACAGUGGUCGCUGUGUUGGUCCUGAAACCUGCCAGUGUCCCUCCGACUACACCGGCCCUCAGUGCCUCUCGCCCCUGUGCACUCCUGCCUGUCAAAACGGGGGAAGAUGUGUGGAUGUGAACAAAUGCACAUGUGUUGCUGGUUGGCAAGGAGCUCGAUGCCAGAUAGAGCCUGUUGCGUGUCAGAAACCUUGUAAGAAUGGUGGCGUUUGUGUCGGCCUCAACAGAUGCCGCUGCACCAAAGGAUUCACCGGAAAUCUCUGCGAAACGGCGGUGACCACCCCCUGUGUACCACCCUGCCAGCAUGGAGCCACCUGCAGCCCUCACAACACCUGUACCUGUCCAGAAGGCACUGCAGGCCUCCGCUGUGAGAGACUGACGUGUCCUGUAGUCACCACGGUGGUCAGCAUGGCUCGAGCAGUAAGGAAGGCAUUUAGGGAGAGUUAUGUUGACCGGUGUGGACCUUUGGGAGUUCAACUUUGCACUAAAUACAGAAUAAAUCAGGCUCGAGUGUACCUGCAGGCCUACAGAGUGGGAUACAAAAUCCAGUGUCAGCAAAAGAAGGGCAGAUGAACAGUGCUGGAUGCAUUAAAGCUGCUUGUCAUAAGGAAACAUCACCCAACAGACAAAAAACUUGGCCAACAUGUGAAGGCAGAGAACAAGGACUGAAAAAGAAGUUCUGUAAACUGUAGAAUUAGUUGUAAUUGAAAGAGUGCGAGGAUGUUGUGUUGAGUUGAAAUGAAAAUGAGACAUAAUUGUAUUAGUAAGGCAGUUUAUUUGCUCUGUGACUUAUAAUGACAGGCAUUUUUACAUCCAUUUUGUACACAGUCAUAUAAUAUAUACAUUUUAUUAUAAAUAUUCCUUCAUAAAGAAGAUGUACAAUGGAUUCAUGUUUGUAUAUGGCAGCUGAAGGUUGUAAAUUGUGUCAUUCACUGUCUUUUUGUGUCAGUAUUGUGUACAUUUGUACUAACGAUGAUUUUUGAAUAAUAAGUACUGUCAC